GGAAAGUUAAAAAGAAAUGAUAUUAAAUUAGGAGGAAACGUCUGGCGAGUCCCGAUCCGGACCGGUCCAGAGCAGCAGGUAUAAAAGCAGGCCAGGUUAAAAUGGCCUAAGCGGCUGUGAAUGUUUCUCUUCGUUUCAUUCUUCCCUUUUUCAGCAGAUUGAGGGGAAGCAUAAUGUGGGGCGGGGCUACCAGAAUGCUGCAGCAGGAGGAGGAGGAGGAGAGUAAUGGCAAUGGUGGUGGUGGUGGUGGUGGAGGAGGCGGAGGAGGAUUUAAGGAGGAGCAUCUGGUGGGCUUGGCGGGGCUGAAGAGGGAGAAGGGCUUCAUUGAAAUGACGUGCGGCUGCACCAGCGCCAAAUACGGGGACGCCGUGGCCCGACUGAGAAUUACUGACGAGGGCGUUUUCGAGAUCGUGGGGUGUGAGUGCUCCCCUGGUGGCUGCUGUGACGAGGGCACCAUGAAACCUCCUGCUUUCGAGAAGCACGCCGGCAACCGCUCAAAGAAAUGGAAGAAUAACAUCUGGGUCCUCCGCCACAACAAGAAACUGCCCCUCUGUAAAACAGAGCUUCUGGGGUACUAUAAUAACAGGGGCCGCCGGGGAGGGUCGAAGCCCAAGGUUGUCCACCGUGAUGAGUUUGUGCGCUGCGCCUCCUGCGGGAAGGAGCGGCGAUUCAAGCGCCGUGACAGGGAUGAAUGCCGCCUCCACCAUUCAGCCGCCAAUGAUCCCAAUUGGGUUUGUUCCGAUUUUCCCUAUGAGAGAAUUGGGUGUGAAUUGGAGGAAGAAAGGGCCGCCAGCCGAAAGGCUUACAGGGGCUGCAGCAAGGUGCCUGGCUGUGAGGGUUGCCCCUUCUGUGUCUGCUUGGGCUGUGAAAUCUGCCUCUUCAGGGACUGCAACUGCCGCUCUUGCAUUGAUUUUUAUUCCUGCAAUGCCUGAGGGUCAUAAAAUAAGAGAACAAACAUUUGCCAUUGAAUUCGUCUCUGUAUCAUUGGGGGCUGUAAUGGUGAUUUUUUCCCUUGUUUUUAACUUCAAUCAUUAUAAUACCAGAAACCGCCCUUUCUUUUCUGCCA